AGGGGGAUUGGGAGAAUCCUUGUUUAUCCUUUUUAUCUCUCAAAAAAUUUUGCCAAACUUCUUUCUUUACCCUCCCCUCCCCUCCCCUCCCCUCCCGAACGCCUGUGUACCUCCAAUCCAAACACAGCGUAAUUGGACGUCGUCCGUCCUCUUCCGGCGCCUACCACCAUCUUUUCCCGCUCCUGACUGCCAACAGGUGCUUGUCUUCCUUUCCUCUACUUGUCCAUCCCUCCCUCCGUCUUACCUCCUUCCUUCGGCUCCCCUUCUCUCUGUGUCUCGCCGCCAAACACCCUCGAGCCAUGUCACGGCCCGUAGAUAUCGUUCUUGGUGAUUUGUUGAAACGAUGGGAGAGGAUUCGCGCCCUCCUCGAGAUGGAUUGGAGCUUUUACAGCAAUUAGAACUUAUUCUGGAACGUGACAUUCUCAUCGAUGAAAUAGGCUUUGUACAUCCAUCCCAGUUUACAUCAUUGAAUGAGGAUCUCGGUGUCUCGCUACCCCAAUCAACGAACAUGAUUCAAUUCCCAGAUGGAAUCAAGGAUCCGGAUAUAUCAGAGUUUGGCAUAAUCCAAUAUGACAAGACAGCUUUCUGGAACUAUAAUCAUAAGUUGGCCAUCUCAACUAAGGUGUUACCUCAACUAUAUAGUGGCGCUUUGCAUGCAUAUAACGAUGUAACCAGAAAUUAUAAAGGGUCUAUCAACUUAUCUCUGAACCUAGAUGCUCCUGAUGAUACAACUGCACCAGCAAAUUCUUUUCAUUUGCUUGAAAAUGAGUUACUAAAGCACACUAGGGCUCUUUUGAUUCUAAGCUGUGACUUUAGCAGUGCAUGGAAUUCCAGGAAGCUAGUACUUUCAAGGAAAUAUAAGUUGUCAUUGUUUAUGGAUGAGCUCCAGCUAUCCACGCUUGUUCUCUCAUAUUCACCAAAAAGUGAAUAUGCCUGGAGUCAUAGGAGGUGGGUGAUCAAGAAGGUUGCAGAAAAUUUUCAGAAAUUGCAGGAGAUUGUAGAAGAAGAAUCUGAGCUUGUGAAGAAAAUAGGAGAGAGAUCAAAAAUGAACUAUCGUGCAUGGAAUCAUCGUUGCUGGCUUACUUUUUACAUGACAAGAGUGCAGGUUCUUGAUGAGCUGAACAAAUCAAGGAAAUGGGCUGAAUUGCAUGUUGCUGAUAACUGCUGCUUCCAUUAUCGCAGGGUGCACUUCUCUCGCUUGAUGCUUAGAUUGCUGGAAGAUAUUUCUUUGAAACAAGAUGUGGAAGACUCUCUUGAUCACAAGUCUGAAGUUGCGUUUGUAUGGGUGGAAGAGCUCAAGUGGAACGAGAUGCUUAUUAAACGCUAUGUGGGGAGAGAGGCCUUGUGGGUUCAUAGGCGGUUCCUAUCUCAGUGUUGGAUUAAGCACUUUGCUACAGACCAAGAAGCACUUGCCCGUGGUUCGGAAGAUCAUUUUCACAUAAACACUGCCUUGGAUUUUUUUCUGAGCAGAGAGCUGCAACUCUUGCUUGCCUGCCUGGAUGUCUCAGCUGAUGGAUUUGAGGACCCUCAAAUUCAAGCUCAGCAUGCAGUGUCUUACAUUCUAUGGAUGUCAAAGCACAUUCCAAUGCUUGAAAAGUGUAGGCUUCAAGAGAGGUUGAGAGAGGUGGGAGACCUGAAGGUCAUAUUUGAGAGGACAAGCCUGGAGAGGUCAUUACUGUGGGAAAGUUUACUAAAUUGACUGCCAAGAGCAGGAAAGUUGUAUGGGUGGUUGCUGCUUUGAGUUGUGUAAUUGUAUGAUUUUGUGCAUACUGCCCCUGCAAACCAUUGCACAUCAAUUGUAUGGUGUCUUCGGUCAAUCAGAUGUAUGCUAAUUAUUGGAUCA